AUGGUGGAGGGCCAUGGAAGUCUUUUUGGUGCACAGAAUACAGACCGGAUUCUAUUACACAUUGAAGGAGAUGCUUCUGAAAACUUCAUUCCUCACACGUUUGAGUCAGAAGUACCAACAAGCAUUGAGGGAAUGCAGGGAGCAUGUAGUGAGAGAUCAAGAUCCAAAAGUCUUGCUGUGAAAGGUAAUUCAAGUUCCUCUGCCAUGCCCCCAACUCAAGGAGCCAAGAAAAACAAGAGUACUGUUGUCAGGAAUCAGCUGCAUGAACCAACACAAGAAUUUUCAAUUGCAAAUUGUAUCCAUGCAAUGCGAGAAAUGGUUGGUUUGAGUGAUGAAGAAAAGGUGCUGUCCUGUGAUCUCUUUAGAGAUGCUGUGAACCGAGAGAUCUUCCUCUCCCUUGAUGGAAUGCUUCGAACUAUGUGGCUUAAAAGGCAACUCACCAAAAAUCGCUGGGAGUAA